GCGACGUCUUCGUCAUCAUCCGAUUUGCGAAGCGCAGAUCUCCAAAGCGCUCACGAUCCAAGUUUGUACUGGGCUACGGAAAUGAAGCACGGCGGCCAUGUUGGAUUCGUCCUGAGCGAACAACAAGAAGGCAUUCCGCUAGAAAAAAUUCGCCUCGAUUUUGGACCCUACGUGUUCGGAAAGACAAUCCACGUUCUGGGAAAG